UAGUGAUGGGAACAACAACAAAAAAACUUUGAACAGGGCAAAAAUAUAUAUAUAUAUUCCCUGUGCCCUAACCUUCCCAAUGCACCCCACUGAUAAUGCCGUUGUGUGGGGAAAUAGUGACAGCACCGGACUGUGCCUUUUAACCCGAGAAUUAACGGAUGGGGGGCGGGCUCUCCAGAGAAUGGGUGUAUGUGGCCGUGUGAGGAAGUAGGAUCUCAAAAAAGGAGAUGGGACGGGAGAUUGGCGCAGCCCGGCUGGGCAUGCCCGAGCGAGGUCUGAGAGCCGCGGAGAGCCCGCUCGCAGGCAGAGACAGGGCGAUGGGGAGCGCCGGUGCAGACUAGGAAGAGGCGUGGAAGAAGGGUGUGCUGGCAAUUAAUACACUAAUGAAGAGCAUGUCUUCUGCGACUUUCCGAGCCGUGGUGGUCGGGUCUUGUUCGACGCUCCGGGCCCCGGAGGGAGGAGUGAAUUCCGGGUAGCUGCGCUUGUUAGACUGGACCUGGACUGCGGAGCGGAGAAACCGCAGCCGGGGCGGCGAGGAGAGACCAUUAAUACUCACGUUUUUUCCUCCACGGGCAGUGUUUGUACGUUAAAAUGCACAGGGGAUAGAAUCUGGGUUUCCCCUAAAAGUUUUUAAAUCCCCCCCUUUUAUAUAUCGUCCUAUGACUUUCGUUUUGUUUUAAACGCUUUUUUUAUUUUAACACGACCGCCGGGGAAACUCGGCUCCUCGAUAAUAUAUUUAUUCAGAAGUCGGUCCUCGCUUUGGUCGCGAAGAAAGCGGAGUUUGGAUGUAACAGUACCGUUGUUGUUGUUGUUGUUUUUUAAAGUAAAUGUCGGGGACUUUAUUUUAGUUCUGUGUAACAGUGGAGAUGUGUUGACGAAGAGGCCUGGCUAAGAAACAGUGCUUGGUUAAGAGAGCCCUACUACACAACUCACCUGAGCAGCGGCUGAUGCGUUUUACGAGUGACGAUGAGGAGAACAUGGGGAUUGAACACUCUAUCGUUGGGAAGGAUUCCACGCUGCGUUACUUGUCCCUGCUGACGGCGAAUGAGAAUAUCCACCACUUGCUUUGAGAACUUCGUCCAAAGCGCACGUCGUUAAUCAUGGCUGCUACAGAGUGUGUCUGCUGUCCGGUUCCAGAGCGAGUGUUUGUAACUAGAUUUUAAUAGCUGUGGGUGGUUGUUAAGUUACAUUGGGGGUAAAAUGGCCGAUCAAAGCAACAUCCAGUCUGCGGCUUCCAAAAGCAUUCGUCCUUUUAAGUCCAGCGAGGAAUACCUCUAUGCCAUGAAAGAGGAUUUGGCGGAGUGGCUCAACACGCUGUACGACUUGGAGAUCACGGCUGACACCUUCAUGGAGGGUCUGGAGACGGGAGGCGCGCUCUGCAGGCACGCCAACAACGUCAACCGGGCCGCGCUGGACUUCCAGCUGGAGAACCCGGAGGCUGCCAGGUCGAUGCGUGUGCCCCGCAAAGACGUGGUGUUUCAGCCCCGCAGCGUGGCGCCGGGGUCCUUCGUGGCCCGGGACAACGUGUCCAACUUCAUCGCCUGGUGCCGGCAGGAGCUGUGGAUACAGGACGUGCUGAUGUUCGAGACGAACGACCUGGUCCUGAGGAAGAACGAGAAGAACUUCGUGCUGUGCCUGCUGGAGGUGGCGCGCAGGGGCGCGAAGUUCGGGAUGCUGGCGCCCAUGCUCAUACAGCUGGAGGAGGAGAUCGAGGAGGAGAUACGGGACCAGGAGAGCCUCGCGGGGGGUGCCCAGCGAAGCCCCCCCAGUAGGGGGUAUCUGAGGGAGGAGAAUCCCGGGGUGCCCCUGCCAGGCGUUCCCGUGUACCCCAGCUGGCCGCAGAGGAGGGUCCUGUGCGACAUGCGCAAUCUGGACGAGCUGGUGCGGGAAAUCUUGGGGCGCUGCUCCUGCCCAUCCCAGUUUCCAAUGACCAAGGUCUCUGAGGGGAAGUACAAAGUAGGAGAUUCCAGUGCUUUGAUCUUCAUCAGGGUGCUGCGGACUCACGUGAUGGUGCGAGUCGGGGGUGGCUGGGACACGCUGGAACACUACCUGGACAAGCAUGACCCGUGCCGCUGCAAUGCCUUUGCUCAUCGCUAUCAGCAGUCCAGAUCGAGCAGUCUGACUCCAUGUAAAACUGGAACCGGCCACAUUUCCCAGUCUCCCAGCACUGGACCCCACUGGAAGACAGACAGCGGCACCCCACUCAGGACGCCGGACAGACGCACUCUGGAGCCCCCUGGCGCCGGGCGCACCCCCCGCCACUCCCUCCCCACGGAGCUGGACGCCAGCACGGGCCGGGCGCCCGCUACCCCCCGCCCGCCCCGGGAUCGCUCCGAACCGCGGCAAGCCCCCCCACUCAGGUCCAAGGAGGCAUUGCCCGUGGUGACUCGGAAACUCUCUGGGGACAGCGACUCCUCCACUGCGUCUUCCAAGGGUGGGGGGGGGCGACCUUCCCUGCCAGGGAGCAAGAAGCCUGGUGAAGAGGUGGUCCUGCUGGUGAGCAGGAGGGAGGGCAAGCAUGUCAUUGAGAGACCCGGAGCCACUCAUGUCCCGGCCCUGCGCCCUCCACAGCCCAGAGCUCGUAGCCAGUCUCGCGGCCGCAGCGUCAUCCUCAGGCCCAGUCCGCCUCUGGAUAUCCCCAAACCGGACAGCAUCAAGGCCAGGCCCGACAGAGGCCGCUCGCUGGGGCCCGAAAGCCCGAGGAAGCUGCAGACUUCCAGGUCUCAGAGCCAGGGGAAGCCGUUCAGUCGGGGCAGAGACAGUGAGGCUAACGUAGCACAGCCAAGAGGAAGAAUCUUUCAACCGCCCCGUGCUGGAGGAGAUCCUCGAGCCAAGAGCAGCACUCCAUCCUCUCCAAAAAUCGGCGUUGGAGCUUUCCCUAGGAAGCAGAAUAUCUCCUCGUUGGGAAAAGGAAGCCAGAACAGCCCAAGCAAGAAGGUUCCAUCCCCCCGGACGACCGGGCCCAAGUCCCCAUCUGUCGGGCGGAGCAGACUGCUCCCUCCGGUCCCACGGUCCCACCGGAGCAAUCCCAGGAGCUCCUAUGGGAACCUCAGCAGGGGGGGCUCAAGUGAAUGGCUGGAUACAGGGGAUGGGGACCUGGGAGUGACUUUUCAGGCCUUGCCUUGCUUAGACCCCAGCCGGGAGAAGGAGCUGUAUCGGAGCUUCGAGGCUGAGUUCUUGGCAAACACACAAAGGAGCGGCUUCGCUGAAGGAGGGGAUGAUUAUGGUGAUCUCCUCGCUCAGCCUUUGCAGCCGCAGGCCUUGCAGCAGCCUCCCCUGGGCGACCCCAACGUCACCGACUCUGCUUACUCCUCAUCCAAUUCCUCUACAUCCUCCCUCAACGUUGGGAAUAAGCUGGGGGUUCUACCAGAUCUGCGCGACUCCACACGGGCCACCGAGGCGCAAGCUGGAGGCUGCGGCCAAAGUCACGUGGAUGUCGAUCGCUGGCCAGGCCACUCGGAGCCUCAGGGCCCAAAGCUGCUGCCUGUUCUGUCAAGUUCUCUAGAAGAGAGAGAGUUUCUCUCCUCUGUGAACAAUCUAAAAGACAAAGAGACUGCACCUCCGAGCUCUGCCAUCUGGCGACUGGACCCUGGAGACGUGAUCAGUGGUCACAAAGUAGUUUCCCAAAGCAACCGAUCAUUAGGCUUGGAUUCCGGAAUGAGAGGCGUGAUGAACUCAAGAAAAGGGAAUUCAAGAGUUCGCCUGGAUUCGGAUGACCUGGAUGGAGAUCUGGAGGGCUUGCAGAACCAGGAAGGUGCUUCCGAUUUUGAGGACGACGACGACCUCACUCUUCUGCCUCCUGAUGCGCACCACCUCGCCCCUUCGGAGGACUGCUCUUUCCUGGACUCCUCCAGUGAAGGGUCUUGCUCGCAGUGCGUGAUCCAGAACGAGGCCUGCUCGGUGGGCUCGCCCACCCCCCCUCUUCAGACGGCGGACCCGUGUGUGGUUUUGCGGCCCAAGAAGGGCUUGAAAAAGCCAGAGAGAGUGCCCUCCAUCUACAAACUCAAGCUCCGGCCAAAACUCCGUCCUCGCACUGACAACCGGCCCGAGAAGAGCCCCUCGCGCAUUCCCACCCCUGUCAGCUAUAAGCAGGCAGCGCAGGUGCCCCAGCCCCCCCCGAGCCCCAGGGUGAAUGGUCACCCCAGGUGGGUAGUGGACCACAGGUCUAGGAGGGCUCUCCAUCAGGCCCUUACAGAUCUGAUCAAUCCUUCCGAGGACCAGCGAGAUGGGUCGUCUGUGGAGUCGGGCAGUCUGGACGACGAAGCAUGGAUGUAGCUGACAAGGUGAUCAGGAUUUUGUUCAUGUGCCUUCCUCUUCGCUGUUGCAUUUGUUAACUCUGAGGUGUGAUCAACACUCCCCUUUCCUGACCAGAGAGGCAAUGGGAGGAUGUCCCGAUGAUGACGGAUACGCAGACGAAGAGGAUUUGUGCACCAGGAUCGACUGCACUGGAGUCCAUGGAAACUUGAGGUUUAGGCGGAUGAAUGCUGUGGGUGAACAAUUACCAACAAUUUCAGAACUUUAGCCCAUUUUGCAUAACAGGUUAGGAGGUAGAGGGGCUGUGCAGAGCAAAACAUUCCAUGAGCUUAUUGAGUUUAGAGGAGCUUAAUGAGAGUCAAAUUAAGGAAUGUGUCCAGUUGUAUGCCAUUACUACCCAUUCACUUACUGUCUGAAGUAAGGAGUAAUUUAUGCUGGUUUUGGGUGGCUUUAUUAACCUACUACAACCCUAAUUAGAUUCCUCUGGCCUGGCCUGGCCUUCCUGUAAUGUAGGCACAAACAUGUAGCUUCUUCUCUUUGCACUCAAAAGCUUUAUUUAUUUGACACCAAAGUACUGUAGUCCGGUGUAUAUAUUCUUUAAUGUGGUUUUGCAGGGUGCUGUGGUUUAAAGCAAGACCUGUUUCUGGAAGAAGCUUGACUGAAAUGUCUUAAACUCUGCCCAAAGUUGUGUGCACACUCCAAGACAUCAGAUAAAAAUCUGUCAUAGCAACUUUAUGGCAGGAUGUGACAACAGCCUUACUGGACCUGUGGCAGAGCUUUUAAGGAGCACCAAUUAGACUGACAUCUCAUUGAGCUAGGUGAUGAGCAUCAAUAAUCAGGUUUGUCAGUCCCAGGUGGUUGAGUCUUCAGGGAUGUUCUUCUUAUAAUUCAGGACACUGAAUUACUUUGUCCCUGAGAACUUCUGUUCAGUAUAUUUUAUAAAUCACUAUAGCAUCCACACUUUCAGAUUUUGAACUUGACCACUAAAACAUUAAUAAGUUCAGAAAUUUAGGAAUCGGGUAGAUCUGAAAACUACAUAGCUCCUCAAGUACUAAAGGCUUUAAAAAUGAAGACUUGACAAUCUCCUGUAAAACCUUCUGGAUGCGUGGCUCUCCUUGACCAGUAGACCACCUCUACUGUUCCAGCACUAUCAACACUUUAGCUUCACUUCAGUUUUAAUCAGGGAUGUGAUGACACUACAGCCUAGAGUUGUCCUAUGAAUGUUGCUGUGCUAUACUCCUACAUUGCACACAGUACGCUUUCUGUAUACAUUUGCCCUAUUUUAUUAUGCAAAAUGGGAUGAGAUACAAAAUAUGUAGCUCUUAGGAUGACGAUAGACAGGAGGGAGAGCAUAGCCAUUCAGAUAAUAAAAAGUAGCACACAUUCUCUUUCAUGAUAUAUGGACCUUCCACACAAAUAACACAGAAAAGGCCUGCACAUUUCUGCAUAUCAAUCAGUAUUAUAUUGCAAUGUGAUGCUAUUCAUCCUAAUAAGAAGCCCACAUGAUAAAAUACGCUGCGUUCGUCACCCUGAUCCGCAGACCUCUGCACCUUGAUACUGAAACACCUUGCCGAGCCUAUUGAGGGUUGGGUGGAAUACACAGUGCAUAGUCUGAGCCUCAUUGCUGAGGAGCCUCCUCCAACACAGAGCUGGUAGGCCUUCGGCUAUCAUCUUACCUCUCUCUCCUAGUCCUACUCUUAUCCCAGCUUAAAUGUCCAAAUAUGUCAAUGCUGAUUUAGGAGCCCUUGCACCUUGUAUUGUAGAAGGGGUAGCACAGCCAUUAUAAAAAAACUUUUCAACAUUUCUGUACAACUUGUUGUAUAAAGUAGGUCUGCUAAAAGCUCUCUGUGCAAAGAAAAUGCAAUAUUCCCUUUCUGUUCUGUGAUCAAUAGAUAGAAAGACUAUCCAGUCGUGGAAAUAACUCCACUUCUGUUGACUAAAAUGGCAGUAUUGGAUUUUGUAAAAAAAACAACUUCCGUGAACAUUGUACUUAUAUUUUAGCUACAUAUACACCACAGUGUGUAUAACACUGCCUGAAAGACCUUGCUCUUGUUCAUAUAGAGUUUAGGAUUUUAAGAUCUUUAUUUUCCCAUUUUCCCAGUGGAUUAAAAAAACUUUUUACUAUGAAAAGGGCAGCAUUUUCACAGUUUACUCACAGAUUGUGAUCGUCAGAGUUUGUGACUCUCCUGUUAACCUGCCAGUGAAGUGACAUUGUUUUUCAAAUGUAGAAGUUGUCAGUAUCUGUUGGAGUGGCACGUUGAUGGGUUCCCCAAGCUCUUAUUAAUUGAAUAUUCCCUCCUGAUAUACUGCAUCAGUUUGAAUAAAGGGAGACUUUUAAAGUAAAAGCAUAAUUUCCUGGUCAGUACACAUUUCUGUGAAAUGACCACCUUAUUUUCUAAUGAUAUAGAAUUUAAGAUUUUUUAGUUAUUUUAUUAUUUAGAUUUUUACCUAGGGAUUUUAUUUUUAAAAAAUUCUCCUCGUUUGUGUUUAUCAGUGCUAGAUUCCAUUCCAUUUGCAUGUUUGUGCAGUUCUUUUAAUUUGUUGUGGGGGGGGGCGGCCUGUACUUUUACAGCUUGCUCAGUUUACAGAUCUGGGACCUGCAACUCCUGCGUAUUCACAGCGAACAGCUCAUGUUCUUAUUAACAGCACAAUCACAGGCUGGAAUUAUCUGGCAUACAUUUGCUGCAUUUUCAGGAUCAUCGAGUUUCAAUCUCUCUGCUUCGGUAAUGGACUCCACAGAGAGGAAGU